AUGGACUCGAUCUUGAGCCACAAUGGCUCUGCAGACCCCUCGCAUUUCCUCCUUGCCAUUUGUUUAGCUUUUAGUUUCUUCCUUGCUCGCUUCAUAUUGGACAGAUUCAUUUUUCGAAGACUGGCCAUUUGGUUGUUGCAUAUUAAAGCCAAAGCCAUUCCGUCAAGGACUGAUGAGGCAACAAUUGUAAAAUGCUCGGAAUCUAUGUGGAAGCUGACGUACUAUGCUACUGUUGAAAUAUGUGUUCUAAAAAUUACCUGUAAUGAACCAUGGUUCAGAGAUACAAAAGAGUACUUCAGAGGCUGGCCACAUCAAGAAUUGAGGUUUCCAGUAAUGCUUAUCUACAUGUACCAAUGUGGGUUCUACAUAUACAGUAUUGCUGCCCUCCUUAUAUGGGAAACUAGAAGGAAAGAUUUUUCUGUGAUGAUGUCUCAUCAUGUAAUUACAGUUGCACUGAUUGGAUACUCAUACAUUACAAGGUUUUUCCGAAUAGGCACGAUUAUCCUCGCCCUGCAUGAUGCGAGUGAUGUAUUCUUAGAAGCUGCUAAAGUUUUCAAAUAUUCUGGCAAGGAACUUAGAGCAAGCAUUUUCUUUGGACUGUUUGCCAUCUCAUGGCUCGUACUGCGACUAAUAUUCUUUCCCUUUUGGGUCAUCAAAUCGACAAGCUAUGAAUUGGUGGAGUUUUUGGAUUUAUCAUUAGCCUACGACAAAUUACUGUACUAUGUCUUUAAUACAAUGCUGCUGAUGUUACUUGUAUUCCACAUCUACUGGUGGGUCCUGAUAUACUCAAUGAUAAUGAGACAACUGAGAAACAGGGGAAAAGUGGGAGAAGAUAUAAGAUCUGAUUCAGAAGAUGACGAUUAG